AUGGAGCUGGCAUGUGCGCGCGCGGCGAUGAGAGCGACACUUGUGCUUUUGCUGCCGCUCCUCUGCGCCUCCGACGAACAAGCGCAGCAACCAAGCGCUGUAAGAGAGUUUUAUAUAGCAGCUGUAGAAAUCGGCUGGGACUAUAUCCACUCGGAUGAUUCUCACCCAACGUCUGACCGAAGAACUAGAUCCAAGGAUAUUCCUCAAAAAUACAUCAAAGCAGUUUAUAGGGAGUUUACUGACUCCACAUACACUGUUCCCAAGCCAAGACCAGCCUGGACAGGUAUUCAAGGUCCUGUGAUCGUCACGCAGGCUGGUGAAAGAGUGGUGGUCCACUUCAAAAACCUAGCCUCUCAGUCCUACAGUAUCAGCCCUGUGGGGAUCACCUACUGGAAACAAUCUGAAGGAGCUGGGUAUGAUGACUCCACAACAGGUCAGGAGAAGGCAGAUGAUGCCGUCUCUCCUGGAGGGUACUAUGAGUAUGUGUGGGACAUCAGCCCCAAAGACGGCCCGACCUCCAGCGACCCUGAUUGCCUCACCUACUCAUACACGUCCCGGGUGGAUACGGUCAGAGACCUUAACUCAGGACUCAUUGGUGCCUUGCUCAUCUGCAAAUCAAGUGCCUUCACAGAAGACGGGCAGAGGAGAUUACCAGCGUUCGUCCUCUUUUUUGCUGUGUUUGAUGAGACCAAAAGCUGGUAUGGACAGGUUGGAGCGAGGGUGAGCAGAGAGAAAUUCAAAAGGAGCAACAGCAAGAAGGAAUACCACACCAUCAAUGGCUAUGUCAACUCUACGUUACCUGGUUUGACAAUGUGUCAGGGCCGAAAUCCUGUGAUUUGGCAUCUGAUAGGGAUGAGCACAGCUCCAGAAAUCCACUCCAUUCAGUUUCAGGAUCAUUCUUUGACGAUAUUGAACCAUCGUAAAGUCACCGUAGAGGUGACCCCUAUGAGCUUUAUCACUGCAGAAAUGAGACCCCAUACUAUAGGCCCCUUUCUUAUCAGCUGCAAAAUACAUGCUCACCGCUACGAUGGCAUGAACGCAUUGUUCACAGUGGAUAAAAAAUGCCCUGAGCUCGUCACUCCUCCGGCACCCAGCCUGCGUAAAGUCAAACACGAGGAGGACUACAGUGAAGAGAGCCUCGAUGACGACAACAACAGUUUGUUCAACAUGAUAAGCUAUAUACCAAGGAAUCCACAACUACAAGUCAGAGGCCUCAGAGGACAGGAGUCCAAAACCUGGAUGCAUUAUAUUGCUGCUGAAGAGGUCACCUGGAACUACACUCCUCAUCUCACCAAAACUGACAGUGAGUUGAAGUCCAGAUAUUUGCCUGCAGCUCCACACCACCUCAGCUACAAGUAUAAAAAAGUUGUGUAUGUGGAAUACACAGAUGGAUCCUUCACUCAGCGGAAAGACCCUGAAAGUACACUCCUGGGUCCAGUUCUCAAAGGAAAAGUCAAUGAUCAGUUCCAUAUAACUUUUAAGAACCUGGCCAGUCGCCCUUUUAACAUCUACCCCAAUGGCCUUACUCAGAUCUUUCCUCUGCACAGAUCCACAAAUGCUGCAGAGAAAGACCUGCGCUCGAUGGGUGUGCCUCCCAACGAGACAUUUGACUACGUUUGGAGGCUAACAACAGAUGAUGGGCCCUUGGAGGGAGACCCCAAAUGUUUGACCCAGUUGUAUCAAAGUACUGUCUCUCCAGAGAGGGAUUUGGCCUCCGGGCUGGUGGGCACCCUGCUCAUCUGCAAGCAUGACGCCAUCGAUUUUAGAGGACAACUGGUGGGACCAGAUAAGAAGUUCAGCCUGAUAUUUGCCAUAUUUGACGAGAACAGAAGUUGGUACUUUGAUGAAAACAUGCAGAGGUCCAGUCAAAACUCCGUCAACACCACAGACCCUGAGUUCUAUAACUCCAAUGUCAUUUACAGUGUAAAUGGCAUCAUGUUCAGCAAGCGUCAGUUUGUGAUGUGUCAGACUGAUGUGUCCUUCUGGCACGUGGCCAGCGUGGGCACCCAGAGCAACUUCCUCUCUGUUUACUUCACUGGAAACAUGUUUCAGUACCAAGGCCUCUACCAGUCUGUACUCACCCUCUUUCCCAUGACUGCAAUCACUCUUCCUAUGGAGACCGAGCUAAUUGGUGAGUGGGAGAUCAGCGCCUUUGACAGCAGCCUCAAGAAUCGGGGGAUGAGCGUUCGUUACACUGUUCGUCCCUGCACCAAUGGAGACCUAGUUGAUCAUGAUGUGGAUGAAGAUGUCUCUGACUAUAUUGAUAAAAUAGAUAUCACGCCAAGAGGUUUUAGACCUGAAAAUCACACAGUGUUGGUGCGAGUGUGCAAGAAACCCCGGGCUCAAAACAAUACUCAGUCACUAAACGUUACUGCUGAAACUGAAGGGACUGGACGGAGAUGUCAGCUGAGGAAAAUGAAUGUAGAAUUGCUGAAAGAGGGGAAAGCUCGCUCUGUGGGAGACAUCCCACUGGAUGUCUUGGAAGAAAUAGAUAGCGAUGGAACGAGGGCAGCUUCUGAGAAUCAGACAGAAUAUGGAGGAAACAGAGGCAGCAGACAGAGAAGGCAGGCAAACAGAAAUGGGACAGAUGAAGAAAUAAGUUCUGAAGCUUUAAUGGAUGACGAAAUCACAAUGGAGAUUGUAGGAGACGUUGUGGAAAACCUGAGUGAGAUUGAUGCCGAGGUAAAUACUGAGGAAAGUAGUGAAAUGCUAAGCAAGAAGAAUGACACAGUGGUAGAAUCUGAAGAGAGCAAUGAGAUCAUACUGGAUGGUGAAUCACCGCUGAGCACCGAAGUCUCAACUGUGGAAUUACCAAAUUCAGGAGAUAUGGAUAAAAACUUAAUACCACAAAACCACAUUCACACUGAACCCGAGCGACUUACAGAUGGUCUGUUUGAUGUGGAAGUCAACAACACUGCUGCAAACACAACAACUGCCCUGUCCGUCGAGUAUGAUGACUACAGUCAUGAGGUGAAUGACACAUUAGAUAUAUUUGGUGCAGAACACAUAAACGUGCGCUCUGGAGAAAUCAGACCUCGCCACUAUUACAUCGCUGCAGAGGAGAUCACCUGGAACUACGGCAUUAGAAAACCGCAUCAGCUCUUUGACAACGAUGAGAUACGUCGAGGGAUCAGGAAGUUCCUGCCAGACUAUAAGAAGGUAGUGUUUCGAGCCUACAGGGACAAAGACUUCCUGUAUCCUGAAAGCAGAGGGGAGCUUCAGGAACACUUGGGAAUUAUGGGACCUGUCAUCAGAACCGAGAUUAAUGAUCUCCUCACUGUGACCUUUAAGAACAACGCAUUCAGACCGUUCUCCUUUCACCUUCAUGGAAUCUAUGACCGAAGCCAGGGGGGCAGCAUUGCCCAAACGAGUUCUACCUCUGCUCCACCCGGGGUGCCAGGAGAGCCUGUUCCUCCUGGUGAAGCCCGAACUUAUAACUGGAAAGUAACCAAGGAACAAGGACCAACUGACUCGGAAUUUGACUGCAAGACUGGGGCUUACUACUCCACUGUGGACAAGGAGAAGGACCUUCACUCAGGUCUGAUUGGUCCACUUGUGAUCUGUAAGACUGGUACUCUCCAGACCAAUCAGAACACCCAGGCAGGCAUCCAGGAGUUUUCCCUGCUUUUCCACACCUUUGAUGAAACUAAAAGCUGGUACCUGGAGGAGAACCUGAAGCGGCACUGUGCCCCACCCUGUCAGGUCAACACCAAAGAUCCCUGGUAUUACGCCAGCAAUAAAUUUGCAGCAAUAAAUGGUUAUGUGGCGGAGACGCUUCCUGGUUUGCUGGUUGCCCAGUACCAGCCAGUCAGAUGGCACCUUCUGAAUGUAGGAAGCGACAGAGAGCUCCACGCUGUGCACUUCCAUGGUUUGCCUUUCACUAUUCAUACUAAGCAGGAACACCGUAUGGGCAUCUACAACCUCUUUCCAGGUGUAUUUGGAACAGUGGAGAUGAGACCCCCCACGGUCGGCAUUUGGCUGGUGGAAUGCACAAUAGGAGACUACCAGCUGGCUGGCAUGAGGGCUAAACUGUUAGUCUAUAAUCCAAAAUGUGUCUUGCCACUGGGAAUGAAAUCAGGACGGAUUGAGGAUUCCCAGAUCACAGCUUCGGAUCACAUAGAUUACUGGGAACCGGGGCUGGCGAGGCUGGACCAGUCAGGUUACAUCAAUGCCUGGAUGGGCAACAACAAGCAGUCAUGGAUACAGGUUGACCUUCAGAAACCCACCUUGAUGCAUGGUGUAAUGACACAGGGGGUGAGGUCAAGACUGAGGGAGCACUACAUCACAUACUUCACUGUCUCCUACAGCCUGGACCAGGAGAGUUGGACCACAUACAGAGGAAACAACACCAGGGAAAUCAAUAUCUUUCAUGGCAACCUGGACAGCUCCAAGGUAAAAGAGAACAGCUUCUCUCCACCAUUCGUGGCGCGCUACAUCAGGAUUCACCCUUACCGCUUUGUGCAGAAGCCCGCUCUCCGGCUGGAGCUACUGGGCUGUGAUCUCAACAGCUGCUCGCUCGCUCUCGGACUCCAGAGGAGGCUGAUUCCUGACAGCAGCUUCACUGCUUCCUCAUAUCAUUCGUCGUUUCUGCGCACCUGGAGUCCCAGCCUCGCUCGUCUCCACCAGGAAGGCAGCGCCAAUGCCUGGAGGCCAAAGAACAACAACCCCCACGAGUGGCUGCAGGUUGACUUGGGGAAAGUCAAACGCAUCACAGGAGUCAUCACCCAAGGAGCACGAUCAGUGUUGACCCAAAUGAUGGUGACGGAGUUCUCAGUCACCGUCAGUCAUGAUGGGCACUCCUGGAGCAGUGUGUUAGAGGCGAGCUCCCAAAGAGAAAAGAUCUUCACAGGAAACGACGAUGCAGACGAUGAAGCUGUCACUUUCUUUGAUCCUCCACUGUUCGGCCGCUACAUCCGAAUCCACCCGCGGGGUUGGAUCAAUGAAAUCGCCCUGCGUAUGGAGGUGCUGGGCUGUGACACACAGCAGAGCGUCUGAAACCACUGGACAAACACAACCGGCUGCACGAAGCAGCAUUUUAGAAGCACUGUGGGUUAAAGUUAAAGCUAUUUUGGAGUUUGAAAAGAAUUGAGAAAUGCAGAGCACAGAGCACUUGUGAAGUUAUAUAUAAAUUGUAUGAAGCUAUCUCUUCUGUAGCUGCAGCUCUGUGAAUAUUUUCAUUGCUUGUUCAGAAGAAAUUAGAGCUGAAAAAGUUGAUUUCUUUGUUUUAGCUGAGCUCUGCUGAGUAUUUACCUUCUCAGCACAUGGCUGCGAUAACUACAGAGAAAUCCUUUUGAAUGUAAGCGUGUGUAAAUAUUUCUGACUCAGAUGGCUGUAUACUGUUUGACUGGUUGUUUUAUAUCAUUGGAAAAGUUUGUAUUUUUGUGCUUAAAGUUUAAAUAAACUAAGAAUUUACUAGCUU